AUGGAAACUACAACUUCUGGAGCAGAUGCGGAGGUGGUUGUCAAUAAUCCUUCGCCAGUGGCAGCUCAAAAACAAAGUGCAGACACUCCUCAUCGACGCACUCCUCCUAAGAAGCAAAAAAGAACGACUCCAUCAGAAAAAUCUAAAUCUGGGAAUAGUGGCAGAGAGACGUCCGAGAUUUGGAAUCACUUCUCCAAAUUUACUGCUAAAGGAGGAAGGGUGGCUAGAAGGUGGUUUGGCGAAUUUGUAAUUCUUGAUGAGCAACCUUUUAGAGUUGUUGAAGGAGAAGGAUUUAAGAAAUUAAUUGCUAAAGCCUUACCUAAUUUCGAAUUACCUUCUCGUGUAACUGUUGCUAGACAUUGUUUGAGGAUUUAUCAUGAAGAGAAGGCAAAAAUUAAAAAUCUUAUUAAGAACCAACGCGUAUGUCUCACUAGUGAUACAUGGACAUCACUACAAAACUUAACUUAUAUGGUUGUUAGUGCACAUUGGAUAGAUGAUCAAUGGAAUCUACAAAAGAAAAUUUUGAACUUUUUUCCAACACCGGAUCACAAAGGUGAGACUAUUGCAAAGGGAAUUGAAGCAUGUUUAUUUGGUUGGGGCAUUGAGAACUUGUUUACAGUGACCUUGGAUAAUGCAAGUGCUAAUGAUGCUACCAUUAAGCAUUUGAAGUUGCGUAUUGAUGAUUGGAAAGGGGCAAUACUUGGAAAUGAGUUUUUGCAUGUUAGAUGCAAUGCUCAUAUUUUGAACUUGAUUGUAAAAGAUGGGUUAGAUGAACAAAUUGAUCCUAUUACUCGUGUAAGAAAUGCGGUAAAAUAUGUUAGGUCUUCUCCUUCAAGGUUUGCUUCUUUCAAGUCAUUUGUUGAGAAAGCUAAGAUAGAUACUCACGGUCUUGAACUCUUUCUAAGAAUGGAAACUACAACUUCUGGAGCAGAUGCGGAGGUGGUUGUCAAUAAUCCUUCGCCAGUGGCAGCUCAAAAACAAAGUGCAGACACUCCUCAUCGACGCACUCCUCCUAAGAAGCAAAAAAGAACGACUCCAUCAGAAAAAUCUAAAUCUGGGAAUAGUGGCAGAGAGACGUCCGAGAUUUGGAAUCACUUCUCCAAAUUUACUGCUAAAGGAGGUAAAUGUAGGGCAAAAUGCAAUUAUUGUCCUAAAACAUUUGCUGCAGGUAGAAAGAAUGGGACUACUACAUUAUGGUCGCAUUUAACUUCUACAUGUCACAAAUCUCCCUUUAGAGCCAUUGAUAAGAGACAAUCAACAUUAAAACCUAUCAAGGAAGGGUGGCUAGAAGGUGGUUUGGCGAAUUUGUAA